AUGGCUUCUCUCAAUCUCUCGUCCAAUGGCCCCUCGAUAUCGAAAAGUUAUCAGACAGUGGUGAAUGCAACCCCUUCUGGGAAUAAAGGGUCUCCGACUUAUGGUCAAUGGGCUGUCUACUCGGUUUCUACCCCACUUGUCAGUGCCUUCCAGCAAGAUGGAGGUAAGGAGAGUGUUCUUAAGGUCCAGAGCACCGGAGAGGGUGAAUUGGCCGAUCUUAUUGAGGAAUUUUCGGAAGGACGAGUGCAAUUUGCCUUUGUGAAGGUGACAGAUUCCAACACUGGUCUUCCUAAGAAUGUUCUCAUUGGCUGGUGUGGAGAAGGUGUACCGGAGCGAACAAAGGGUUACUUCACUAGCCACCUGGCGACAGUUGCCAAGUUCCUUCAUGGAUACCAUGUUCAGAUUACAGCCCGAGCAGAUGGGGAUCUGACCCCCGAGGGAAUCGUCCAGCGAGUGGCGGAUUCCUCAGGUUCCAAGUAUUCAGCAGGCGAGGCUUCUGCUCCGGCCCCAGCCCCCCGGCCUGCCGUGGCUAGUAAGCCUGCUUUCACCCCGACUCGAUCUGGGGGUAUCACUCCCAGCCCAGCUGCACGCGUACAGCCCGCACCUUCAAGAGUUGCUGUGAAUGAUGAUGGAUGGGGUGCAGAUGCCCCUCCCGUGACUCGCACCCAAUUGGAAAAGGUACAAUCGGCUUACCAGCCUACUAGAGUAAACCUGCAAGAACUCAAAGCAAACCCCACCGCUAGUCGCCAACCUGUCGCUACUACCUCGGAUGAUUCUAGCGAUGUGGUUAAAGGUGGUUACCAGCCAGUGGGCAAAGUCGAUAUUGCUGCAAUUCGGAAGCAAGCCGCCGCAUCCGGUCAGCUGAAAGAUGAACGCCCGGCAAUUGUCAAGGGCUCGUAUGAGCCUGUUGGAAAAGUAGACAUCGCUGCCAUUCGAGCUAGAGCACAGAAGCCGGAAGGUACCAGUGAGAAUGUCCCAUUGAGCAGCGUGGUGAGCCAACAACCAACAACGUUGCCCGAGCGACCUGCGCCCUCCAAUAUCUCGGAGCGCUUGACCAAUCUACCCAAACCAAAGGUUGCCAAUAAGUUUGGGUCUAGCCCCUCCUUCCCAGGAACAAAGCCCCCUCUCCCAGUUGGUCUUGAGCCUAAGCCAACCACGAGUGCGCAGAUUGGUGCUGCAAGCCGAACUUUUGCCGACGAGGGAGGCAAGACACCUGCUCAAAUUUGGGCAGAGCGCAAGGCCAAAGAGCGUGGAGUGGCUUCGUCAUCUGGAAGCGCUGAGCCUGCCUCUACCCCUGCCUCGCUUAAAAGCCAAACUAGUGGCCAAGGCGAGUGGAAGAGCUCCUAUGCAGGCAAGUCCUGGGCUCCCGUUCAAACUGCACAGGAGAAGUCAUAUAUUCCUGAACAGCCUAUUGAUGCCAAGGCCAAUGAUCAACAAGAGGAUGAACCGCAACCUCAUGUGAGUGAUAUCCGUGACCAAUUCGCUCAUGGCACCCCGGCCCCUGCGCCACUCUCUCCUCCAGCGCCCCCCGUUCCGCAGGCUAGUCGUCCUGUUCCUGUACCGGGACUGUCCUCUGAGCCCGUCGAGUCCGAGCCCGAACAUGAUGCUCGGCAGGUCCUUCCUACUCCUCCACCGCAGCCUCCUCGCUCCCCGACACCCCCCACUCCCCCGGUGCGUGAGAGCUCACCAAUCCAGAUUGCCAUGCCGGUUGGCCACAGUGUUGCCGACAGCGUUGCGGAUGCCCACGAGGAACAGCAAUCUCCUCCCCCUGCUAUGCCUGUUCGGAGCCUCCAAGACGUCGUUCCAAACGAAAAGGAUCUUGAGGAUGAUUCUCACGAUCUUGGUCGCGCUGCGGCUGAAGCAACCGCUCAACAGUCUGAGCAACCCCAAGGCGGAUUGCGAGCUCAGGUUCAGUAUGACUAUGAGAAGGCCGAGGACAAUGAGAUUGAAUUGCGAGACGGAGAGUAUGUGACCGACAUUGAAAUGGUGGACCAGGAUUGGUGGGUGGGUGUCAAUGCUCGGGGUGAGCGAGGUCUUUUCCCGGCCAACUAUGUGGAAAUUGUGGAAGACGAAGAACCCGCGUCACAUGAGCCAGCCGGCUCCCAUCAUUAUGAAGCAGGGCCAGAGCCAGAACCUACUGCUGCCCCCGUUCUGGUCGCACAUACCACUACUGCUGCUGAAGCACCAUCAGCGGCUACUCCAAGCUCUAAACGUGUCACAGCCACAGCUUUGUAUGACUACGAAGCCGCCGAGGAUAAUGAGAUCGGGUUCCCCGAAGAUGCGAAAAUUUCUAAUGUGGAAUUCCCGGAUGAUGACUGGUGGCUUGGUGAGUACAAUGGCAAGCAAGGUCUAUUCCCUGCCAACUAUGUUCGCCUGGACCACCUUCAGUUCGGCAUCAUGACAUCGCUGGGCGAGGAUCUACUCGUGACAGUGAACAAGCUUCAGGAUCUGGUCUUCAAUACCAUUGGGAAUGAUUCCUUGGAUUUGCCUCAAAUUGUUGUUGUUGGUUCCCAGUCAUCCGGAAAGUCUUCGGUCUUAGAGAAUAUAGUAGGAAGGGACUUUCUACCAAGAGGUAGUGGAAUUGUCACUCGACGGCCCCUAAUCCUACAACUUAUCAACGUGCCCAGUGAACGUGAUGAUAAGCCGGAAAAUGAUGAGAUCCAUAUCCCACACACGGCUGCUAGUGUUGCCGGUCAACACGAAUGGGCUGAAUUCCACCACCUCCCCGGACGCAAGUUUGACGACUUUGGACAAGUGAAGCAAGAGAUCGAAGCGGAGACGGCAAGGAUCGCAGGAAGCAAUAAGGGUAUCAAUAGACAACCGAUCAAUCUCAAGAUCUUCUCGCCCCAUGUGCUCAACCUCACACUCGUGGAUCUGCCUGGACUGACAAAGGUACCUAUCGGGGACCAACCCUCCGACAUUGAGAAACAAACCCGUACCUUGAUUCUGGAAUAUAUCGCCAAACCGAACAGCAUAAUCCUUGCAGUCUCUCCGGCCAAUGUCGAUCUAGUCAAUUCCGAGGCGCUGAAGCUUGCCCGCCAGGUGGAUGCCAUGGGCCGGAGGACGAUUGGUGUUUUGUCAAAACUGGAUCUCAUGGACCAUGGCACCAAUGCGAUGGACAUUCUGUCUGGACGUGUGUACCCUCUGAAGCUUGGAUUCAUCGGCGUUGUCAACCGGUCUCAGCAGGAUAUUCAGUCUGGAAAGUCUCUUGCCGAGGCAUUGAGAGCAGAGUCUGAGUUCUUUCGGCAUCAUCCAGCUUACAGAAAUAUGGCCAACCGCUGCGGUACACACUUUUUGGCCAAGACCCUGAACACAACCCUGAUGUCUCACAUCCGAGACCGGCUUCCGGAUAUCAAGGCUCGGCUGAAUACCUUAAUGGGCCAAACUCAACAAGAGUUGGCGAGCUAUGGGAACAAACAGUUCAGCGGCGAAGAACACCGAGGGUCAUUGAUUCUUCAGCAGAUGACCAGAUUCGCCGCCUCAUUCAUCUCAUCUAUUGACGGAACUUCGUCGGAGAUUUCCACCAAAGAGCUAUGCGGUGGAGCAAGGAUUUACUACAUUUUCAACUCUGUUUUUGGAAACUCAUUGGAAACAAUUGAUCCGACUCAUAACCUAACUGUCUCCGACAUCCGAACGGCCAUCCGAAAUUCCACAGGUCCUCGCCCUAGCCUGUUUGUCCCUGAGUUAGCCUUUGAUUUGCUGGUCAAACCACAAAUUAAACUCCUUGAAUCACCCAGUCAGCGAUGCGUGGAGCUGGUCUAUGAGGAACUUAUCAAGAUCUGCCACACAUGUGGCAAUCAAGAACUUCUGCGUUUCCCUCGUCUUCAGGGGAAGCUGAUUGAGGUCGUAUCUGACCUUCUUCGUGAACGCCUGGGUCCCUGCUCGACCUAUGUAGAAUCUUUGAUCUCAAUCCAAAGAGCCUACAUUAACACCAAUCACCCUAACUUCCUCGGUGCCGCAGCUGCCAUGUCUUCAAUCAUGCAGAACAAGCAAGACGAAGAAAGAAAAGCCGUGUUAGCAGAGGAAAAACGAAAGCGUGAAAAACGACGCCAAAAGGAAUUGGGAGCUCCCAAUGGCAAUACGGGAGGUCCCGACGAAGAAGAAUAUGCUGACAAGCAAAACCUCCCUAUUCGAAGUCACUCCUCGAAGGGAUCGCGAAGCAUGUCUCCCCAUGUUGGCCGCACAGGCGAGAAUGGUAUUGCUGCUACCCUGAAUGGUGCCCAAUCUAACCAUGCUGCGUUCGGCGGUGCCUCGAACACUGCCCGGGAUUCGUUCCUGAACUACUUCUUCGGCAAGGAAGGAACUCACAACAUGGCCAUGUCGCCGGCAGGCAUGAACCCUCAACGGCAAGGCCCACAUGCUGGUGAGCCCAGCAUUAGCCAGAGCAUUCGGCGUGCCGAGGCUCGGGCUCCCAUUAUGCCAACCGAGGAGUACAAUGCACCAUCGGAGUAUGGCGGCGAUGUAUCUGUUUUCCCCAGUGAGAAUACUGAGCCUGCACUCACAGACCGUGAGAUGCUCGAAACCGAGCUGAUUCGCCGUCUCAUUUCGUCAUACUUUAACAUCGUCCGAGAGACCAUUGCAGACCAAGUUCCUAAGGCUGUUAUGCACCUUCUUGUUAAUCACUGCAAGGAUGUAGUGCAGAACAGACUCGUGAGCGAACUUUAUAAAGAAGACCUGUUCAGCGAGCUUCUCUAUGAGGAUGAUGGCAUCAAGGCUGAGAGAGAGAAGUGUGAGCGACUAUUGGAAACAUACAAAGAAGCUGCCAAGAUUGUGGGCGAGGUGUUAUAG